AUGGAUUCUACACGCCCCGAGUCCAAGAUCCCGAGGGAGGACCUCGAGGAUGUCUACCCGUGUACGCCUUUUCAGGAGGGGCUCAUGGCGAUAUCGCGAGCCCUCCCUGGCACAUACGUCGCACAUCUGACGUAUGAGCUUCCUGAAAAUACCGACCAAGGCCGCUUCCGAGCUGCUCUGGAAAAGGUCGUUGACGCAAACCCCAUCUUGCGCACUCGUAUCAUCUUGAGCGGCUCGAAGGGGCCCGUACAAGUCGUUAGGAAACGCGACUUUACAUACCGUGCUUCGGACUCGUUUGAUGAGGCUGAGAGAAAGAACACAGCAGCCCGGAUGACUUAUGGCACUCCUCUCUCUUUGUUUCGAUUCUCACGCCUAUCUGAUUCGCGAAGCACUUUCACCUGGACGGCGCAUCAUGCCAUUUACGAUGGCUGGAGCGUCUCCUUCAUCCUCGAUCAAAUCAAGGCCCAUUAUCUGGGCCAAACUAUCCCCAGCAUCAUUCCUUACAUCCACUUUGUCCGUUGGAUUCGAGCAACAGACAACGCCAAGGCUGAAGCUUUCUGGCAGGCGCAGCUGGCCGAUGAUUCCGCGCAGUCUUUUCCCCAACUGCCCCAUGAGGGAUAUCAGCCGAGGACCAACAGCCGGGCCCUUCAAUCAAUGCACCUUGAUCGCUCAGGUGGCCGUCAAUAUGAGGCCCCCAUGAUUAUGAGAGCCGCAUGGGCUCUGUUGACCUCACGAUACCUGCAGUCCAAAUCGGUCUUGCUGGGUUCAAUCUCGAGCGGCAGAGGUGACACAUUGCGCGGAGUCCGGUCGAUUGCCGGCCCUACCAUCUCAACGUUCCCGGUACGCGUCGUGGUCGAAGAGCAGGCAACCGUCGCAGAGUUCUUGCAGCGCAUGCGACAGCAGGCAACGGACAUCGAGCCCUACGAGCACUGGGGACUCCACCGAAUCGCAAAGAUGAGCGACAGCGGUAAGGCGGCGAGCAGCUUCAGGUCACUACUUGUUACGCAGCGUGGCAAGCCGGUAAAUGCAGACUUCUCUGCCCAGUUCUUCCGCCCUCUGUCCGAGACUGCCGCUGGCUUUCACGCCUACCCACUAGUACUCGAAUGCCGGCUGAAUGAAGGCACGACUGAAGUGGACCUGGACGCCCAGUAUGACAAUGCUGUUCUCUCGGAGUGGGAGAUGACGCGACUGCUACAGCAAUUCGCACAUGUCGUUCGUCAGCUGGCCCAUGCCGGGCCCGAAACCAAGAUAGACGACAUCGACACGUUCAGUCCUGAGGAUGACACGAUUGUUCAACAAUGGAACAAUUCGCAGAAGGUUGAGGCUGUGGAGUCGUGCGUACACGAUCUAAUUCAACAACAAACUAGAACCCGUCCAGAGGCGGCAGCUGUGGAUGCCUGGGAUGGAAAACUCACAUACAGCGAACUUGAUGCACUCUCAAGUCGCCUAGCAACGCGACUGGUCGAUAUCGGCGUCAAGCCACAGACAAUGGUGCCAAUAUGCACUGACAGGUCCUUGUGGACUGUCGUGUGCAUGUUAGCAGUUCUCAAGACUGGCGCCGUGUUUGUGCCGCUUGACUCUGCAGUUCCGAUCGGUCGUUUGGAGCAGGUACUGCAGGCUACACAAGCGGAAGUCGUGUUGACAUGCUCUGAUGCAAGGAGCGACCUUGCAGGCAUCGCUGUUCACAUCUUCAAUGUAUCUGCGGUUAUGGCAACCACUCCCUCUUCGACGACCGCCUCGGCGAAUGUCGUUACAACGCCAGCCGAUACCGCCUAUAUUAUGUUCACGUCCGGCAGUACAGGGCGACCGAAAGGCGUAGUUAUGACACAUAUGUCGGUGUGCUCCAGUGUGACAGCCCAUGGAAAAGCUAUGAAGUUCAAUGCAGAUACUAGGGCAUUGCACUUUGCAUCGCUAGGAUUUGAUGCCAGCAUAGCAGAAAUCCUAACAACAUUGGUGCACGGUGGCUGCGUGUGCAUCCCCGACGAAGAACAGCGCCUCGGCGAUAUUACAAAGGCGAUCAACCAAUAUCAGGUCAACUGGGCCUUCUUCACACCAUCAGUGAUUAGCCUAAUCCAGCCUCAUCAAGUUCCCUGCUUGGAAACACUCGUCCUCGGAGGAGAAGCUGUGAAGAAAGAUAACAUCGAGAUGUGGGCAGACCACGUUGACUUAAUAAAUGGAUACGGGCCGACAGAAGUCUGCGUUUUCUGUGUCUCGACGCCACUUCAAAGAGAAAACGCAGAUUCGCACGGCAUUGGAACAGGUUUAGGCUCCAAGACAUGGGUAGCCAGUCUCAGCAAUACCAACCAGCUGGCGCCCUUGGGGGCCGUUGGCGAGCUUUGGAUUGAGAGCCCCCAGCUUGCAGUCGGCUAUUUCGACAAUGAGGAUGCAACGUCUUCAGCAUUUGUGACCGACCCGCCAUUCCUCAAAGCAGGCCAUCAACGUCGCCUAUACCGGACCGGUGAUAUUGUGCGCUACAACCAAAACGGCACACUCCGCUAUAUGGGGCGUAGAGAUACUCAGAUCAAGGUCCGAGGCCAACGUCUGGAGUUAGGAGAAAUUGAGCACCAGCUUUGCACGAGCGAACGUGUUGAGACAGGCGUAGUGCUGUUCCCGAAGCAUGGUCCGUUGGCAGGCAAGGUAACUGCGGUCAUCUCACUUUCUGGCGACGGAGGUCAAGACAUCAACAGCAAUCAAGUCAAUGGGCACAACGAAAAGGAGGAGGCUUCAGACGUGAGCGCUGUCACAAAAGAAGAGAUCCAGCUCCUUCGGGGAACCCAGGCAGCAGCAGCCCGACUACAGGCACCCAGGAUUCGCCAGCUUCUCGCGGAUGUGCUGCCCUCGUUCAUGAUACCGGCAGCAUGGGUGUUUGUCGAAACUAUUCCCCUGACCUCGUCUGGCAAGCUGGACCGGGUCUGUGUCGGGACAUGGGUGGAGGAGAUGGCGGACAAUGAUGCAGUUGAUACCGUGCUCGACGCAAGUGCAGAUGCUGAGGGCCAGGCCGCAGAUGCCAUGACACGCACAGAAGAAGCGCUCCAGCUCGUUUGCAGCGAGGUGCUUGGAGUUCCGACCGCAAAAAUAUCCAUGGCCAGGUCUUUCCUCAACCAGGGUGGCGAUUCUAUUACAGCCAUGCAACUCGCAUCGCGCUGCCGAGCAAAGGGAAUGCGGGUGACUGUUCCAAACAUCCUACGCAGCAGUACAUUGUCGCAACUGGCGAUCCAUGUUGGCGUUCUUGGACAGUCCAAGGUGCCACGCAGCGAGACCAUCGACGAACCAUUUGCCCUAUCUCCGAUCCAAGAGCUGUACCAAGGUCUUGACAAAACAUUUUCGACCCGAUUCAACCAGAGCUUCUUUGUACGACUCACACGCCACAAGAGUGUGCAGGAUGUCGCGCAUGCGCUGGAGGCACUUGUUAGCCACCACUCGAUGCUUCGAGCACGGUUCACUGCAGACGAGUCUGGCCAGUGGCAACAAAUUGUUACCGCUGAGCUAGAGAAGUCAUUCGAGUUCAACGUCCAUAGCGUGCCGCAGGCGGCAGCUGCAGACCGGUAUCUUGCAUCAAGAAUCGCAAAGACGCAAUCACGAAUCAAUCCGAAGACUGGUCCCGUCUUUGCUGUCGACAUGUUCGAGUUCGAGGCAGAUAAUGAAGCUUCGGAAAAGUCUGGAACCCAGGUUCUAUUCCUAGUAGCCCACCAUCUGAUCAUCGACUUGGUUUCCUGGCGCAUUAUUCUGGAGCAACUUGAGGAACUUCUCGAGUCAGGAAAACUGUCUGCAGAGAAGCCAGUCCCCUUCCAGAUCUGGACCAAGCUCCAGAGAGAAUAUGCAGAAAGCCAGCUGUCGCCAGAUCUGGCUUUGCCCUUCAAGCUGCCGGCUCCUCGUCUGGACUUUUGGGGCCUAGAUGAUCAGCGAAACGUAUGGGGAGAUAUCGAAAGCCUAAGCUUCAAUAUGAGUGAGAGCGCUACGGGGCUUCUACUGGGAGACUGCAAUAUGCCGUUCAACACUAAGCCUGUUGACCUCUUCAUUACAGCACUCAUUCAAUCCUUCAAAGAGGUCUUCCCUGAAAGGACUGUUCCUACUGUCUUCAGCGAAGGGCAUGGUCGCGAGCCCUGGGAUGAAGACAUUGAUCUAUCCGGUACAGUGGGCUGGUUCACGACUAUGCGCCCGAUUUCUAUCACUACUGAAGCUGGCCAUGACGAAGACCUCAUUACCACCCUGUGCCAGGUCAAAGAUGUGAGGCACGCGGUCCCAAGCAACGGUUGGGCCUACUUCGCCAGCCGAUUUCUACACCCUGACGGUAGAGAUCAGUUCGGAGCGAAUGGGUCGGCCGAGAUUCUUUUCAACUACCUUGGACGGUUCCAACAGCUCGAAAAUAAGGAGUCGUUGAUCCAGCACGAGGCCAGAAUUAGCGCUGGAGCUGAUACGGCUGAUCUAGGCCCAGACACUCCUCGCAUGGCCAUCAUUGAUGUUUCCGCGUCCGUGGAGAAAGGGGAGGCCAUGCUUAGCAUUGCAUACAACAAGAACGUCCGUCAUGCCUCUCGGAUUGUUGACUGGGUCCAAAGGUUCGAGAAGGCGUUGCAAAGACUAGCUGAUAUGUUGCCCAACCGAGAGCGGGACUUUACAAUUAGCGAUCUGCCCCUGUUGAAACUGUCGACAGCUGGCCUGAGACGACUUGUUGACGAUCAACUGCCAAGCAUCGGCGUGCAGAGCAUCGCCGAAAUCGAGGAUAUCUAUCCAUGCUCCCCAAUUCAGGAGGGUAUCCUUGUUAGCCAAAGCAAGGUCGCUGGCCAUUAUGAGACUGCUUUCGAGUUCGAGCCUAUCAGUCGAAUGGGGGUUGUCGAUGCUUCCAGGCUGGCGGCAGCUUGGCAAAGCGUUGUCGACCGGCAUCCUAUGCUCCGAACCGUGUUCAUUGAAGGAUUGGCCACGGACUCGGGCUUCGCACAGGUCGUUCUCAAGAAGUGCCCUGGAAAAGUCAUACGGGAGCCUGUGGAUGGUCAAACUUCACUCGGCGACGAUCUUUCAUCGUCUCGCCGCAUGCCUCAAUCGGCCCACCGGCUUGUGAUCAAAGAGACAGAAGACGGUCAUGUUCGUUGCAAACUGGAGAUCAACCACGCACUCAUCGAUGGUGCUUCCUUGCCUAUCUUGUUCAACGACCUCACGCAAGCUUACCUGGGCUCGCUUUCGAGCGACAGCGGGCCACUGUACCGGGACUAUGUUGCUUAUCUCUCACAGCAUGCCGGAGAUGCCAGCAUGGGGUACUGGUCAGAGCACUUGAGCGGGCUUGAACCGUGUCACUUCCCUCGUCUUGCUGAUUCAGCACAUGCCGAGGCUCAGUUGCGCACAACUGAGCUAGCAAUUGGCGACAUCGCCUCAGAGAUGAACGCUUUCUGCGCGGCUAACGAUGUGACCGUAUCAAACGUCAUCUACGCAACAUGGGCUGUUUUGCUCCGGGCUUAUACAGGGUCAGAGGAUGUUGCGUUUGGUUACCUGACAUCUGGUCGUGAUGUUCCAGUUCAGGGCGCAGAAGCGAUCAUCGGCCCCUUCAUUAACAUUCUGACAUCGAGACUCCCGGUGCAGUCUGGUGUGCCAAUGCGAGAGGUAGUAGAAGCGAGCAAAGAGGCAUAUUUGCAAGGUCUGCCUCAUCAGAGCUGCUCGUUGGCAAGGGUCCAACACGACCUCGGGCUUUCUGGGCAAACCCUGUUCAACACCAUCGUAUCAGUGCAGACGCAAUUGGCGACCGGCGACCCAGAGGAACCAGACUUGUACUUCCGUAGCAUUGGUGGCCAUGAUCCGACCGAGUAUGACAUUACGGUGAAUAUUGGUGCUCAAGGUGGCACAGUGUCCGGCAACAUCAAAUACUGGUCUUGCGUCUUAACUGAACGCCAGGCCGAAGCUGUUGCCCAGGCCUUCUGCAGGACUUUGCAGUUCAUUCUCAACAACUCAAGUAGCACCUACGAAGCUUUAGGGUGGUUGAGUGAAUCCGACCAGACCACCGUCGGGCUCUGGAAUGAAGGGUCUCCGGCAACGAUGAACAACUGUUUGCACGAUAUGUUCAGCGAGCAAGUCAAAGCACGCCCUGGAGCUACGGCAAUAUGCUCAUGGGAUGGCGAGCUUAAGUACAGCGAGCUUGAUGAGCUUUCAGACCAAUUAGGCGGCAAACUCAUCAAGCUAGGCGUCGAGAGAGGCUCGCUUGUGCCGUUAUGCUUCGAGAAGUCCAUAUGGGCAGUUGUUGCUAUACUGGCCGUGCUGAAGGCGGGCGGUUCCUAUGUGCCGAUGGUUCCUGAUCAUCCGGGUGCGCGUAUAACUGGCCUUCUUGAAGAUACUGGAGCUGGCUUGGUCUUGGUAUCCGAGACGCAAGAGUCUCGUUUUGCCCGUCUUGCUGUCACACCGCAUUUAGCAGUGAGCCCUGCCGUCAUGAGCUCCCUCAACAGCCCUGAAACCCAGGACGAGAAGCCAAGCUGGCCAUCCUCUCAGCCAUCCGACGUCGCUGUUGUUAUUUUCACUUCAGGAAGUACUGGCCGGCCUAAGGGCAUACUCCUUGAGCAUCGCGCUCUCUGUACAAGCAUCUCAGCCCAUGGUAAAGCGCUUCAGGUAACACCUGCCUCGCGUGUGCUACAAUUCGCUGCCUUCACCUUCGACAUCAGCCUUCAAGAUAUCUUUACUACUCUGGCUCAUGGUGGGUGCGUGUGUAUGCCAUCUGAGCAUGACCGCCUCAACGAUCUUACUGGUGCCAUCAACCGUAUGGAGGUCAAUUGGGCGGGCUUGACUCCAACAGUCGCUGCAUUGUUACGACCAGAUGCAGUCCCCACCCUGAAGACGCUGGUGUUAGCAGGAGAGGCGGUGACUGAGCAGGUUAUCAAGCUGUGGUGUCCUGUCGUGGACCUUCACAACUGCUACGGUCCUGCUGAGAGCUCAAUCUACUGCGCUUGGCAAUCUCAGCUUGGCCAUGCCCAGCGGCACCCAGCUAACAUAGGAUGGGGAAUGGCUGCAAAUCUCUGGGUUGCAGAUUCUGCAGACUAUAAGAGCCCGGCACCAGUUGGUGCGGUAGGAGAGCUUCUGGUUCAAGGACCGACACUCGCUCGAGGGUAUCUCAACUUGAAUGACCUUACCGCCACAGCAUUCGUGGACCUCCCGCCCUGGGUUGCUAGCAUUCGACACGAGGGGGACCGAGUGUACAGAACGGGUGAUCUAGUCCGCUACACGGCUGAUGGAUCGCUUAUCUAUUGCGGGCGGAAGGAUGGGCAGAUCAAAGUGAGAGGCCAGCGUGUUGAGCUGGGUGAGAUCGAGCACGCAAUCGCAGGAAUCCAGGACAAGGCCUCGCGUGUGGCCGUGGAUGCGUUGCGGUUUGAGAACAGCAGCCGGGGUCAGCUCCUCGUCGCCUUCCUGGAGGAGAACGUCGAAGUUCAUGUAAAUGGAUUGGCAGAAGAAUCUCUGUCUCGUGAUAGCAUGAAAGAACUGUCAGACGGUGCAAUACUGCCCACCUCCGCUGCCUUCCUGGAGAAGGUCCAAUCACUCAAGUCUCAACUGACUACGCAACUGCCUACCUACAUGGUACCACAAGCUUUCAUUCCAGUUACCGAGCUUCCACUCAAUGCUUCAGCCAAGGUCGAUCGACGGACGCUGCGAGAAUGGGCGAGCCGUCUCACAGGUGAAGACCUCGCGAGCUACAGCUCCCAGCCGACAGCUCAAGAACCCUCCACCGAGAGCCAGAAGAGGAUACACGCCCUCUGGCAAGAGGUCCUUCAAUUACCUGCGGCAUCAAUCGGUGUGGAGUCCAACUUCUUUCAACUUGGCGGAGAUUCUGUCGACGCCAUCAGAUUUGUGGCAGCGGCAGGCGAAGUUGGCAUCAAGAUCUGUGUGAAACAACUAUUCCAGUCUCCUCAGCUCUGCGCGUUGGCGGAAGAGGCCGAGAGAUCAGAGACUGAGUCGCCAGAAAUGCUUUCUGAGACGGAGCCUUUCACGCUUCUCGGCGACAUCCAAGAAGAGGAACGAAACGCCCUGGUCACCGAUGCAGCGCUUCAAUGCGACAUUGUUGAGGACAUGAUUCAGGACUUGUAUCCAUGCACUCAAAUGCAGGAGGGCCUGAUGGCUUUGUCAGAAACGCAACCGGGUGCAUACAUAGCCCAUCACAUGUUCCGCCUGCGAUCCGACGUUGAACCAGAGCGCCUUAAAGCAGCGUGGGCACGCACACAGGAGGAAUGUGACAUCCUGCGCACCCGUAUUGUAUACGUCAAAAGCCGAGGUCCGCUGCAGCUGGUGAUGCGGGAAGAGCAAGAGCUGCAGGUAAUGGGGGGUCUAAAGAACCAUAUGGAACUUGCCAAGGAAACGAAGAUGACAUACGGCAGCAUUCUUAGCCGUAUGGCGCUGGUAUCCGAUGACGAUGGAGCGCUCUUCUUGGUUUGGACCGCCCAUCACUCUAUUUAUGAUGGAUGGAGUAUCGGCAGCCUGGUACAAAGGCUCGAGGAAGCUUAUGAGAAUAACUCGGAGGUCACGGCAGAGUCCCCAGUGCCGUUCUCACGCUUCAUUGAACAUCUCAUCACGGCAAAUGGGUCUGAUGAGGUAUCAAGCUUCUGGCGAAACCACCUUGAUGGGUGGGCUGGUACCUCCUUCCCCAAGCUUCCGUCGGUGACAUACAAGGCCCGUACCAACCAGUCUGUGCGCCAAUUGUUCUCCGUACCUGAUGCGGUGAUGCCUGGUGUUACCCACGCCUCACUCCUCCAGGCUGGUUGGGCAGCCGUGGUUUCAGCUCAGACCGGAUCCGAGGACGUCGUCUUCGGCUUAACACUAAGUGGUCGUAAUGCAGCCGUCCCAGGUAUAUCCCGGAUGGUAGGCCCGACAAUCACAACUAUACCUAUGCGAGUACAGCUUUCUGCCGCCUCUACCGCUCAAGAGAUUCUUCAGCAGGUCCAAAAGACAGGUGUGGAUGCCAUACCUUUCGAGCAGGCCGGGUUGCACUACAUCCGGUCAUUGAGCGAAGAUGCGCGAGAAGCCUGCCAGUUCCAAAGUCUCCUGGCUGUCCAGCCAGUGGGGAAGGCCAGCAAUCAAGGCAACGGAGAUGGUGAUGCUCAGACAACGCGUUUGCUUACUCCAGAGGUCGAAGACGCUGACAUUGCUGGUUUCCAUACCUACCCACUGGUAGUAGAGUGUCGACUUGACACAGGCACUCUUCAAGUCGAAGCAGAGGCUCAAUACGACGAUACAGUCCUCUCCAAAUGGGAGGUCGAGCGUUACCUCGAGCGGUUCGCAUUCGCGGUAUCACAACUGCAUAGCAAGCCAGAUGCUGCUUUGGAUGGCCUUCAUUCGUUGAGCCCUCGUGACACAGAGCUGUUGGCAAUGUGGUCUGGGCCGCCAUUGCUGACGGUAGAGAGAUGCUUGCACGAUUUCGUACGGGACCAAGUGCGAGAUCGUCCGGAGGCCGUGGCUGUAUCAGCCUGGGAUGGUGAACUCACGUACACCGCCUUAAACGAACUCUCAAACCGGCUAGCAUCCCAUCUCAUCAACCUCGGUGUCAAUCCCGGCUCGAUGAUACCAGUCUGCUUCGACCGAUGCAAGUGGGUUAUUGUUGCUGUCCUCGCAAUUCUUAAAACCGGCUCAGCUUUCGUGCCACUUGAUGCAACAGUUCCUUCUGGCCGACUGCAGCAGGUAGUCAAGGCCACAGGGGCAACUCUCGCCGUGGGAGGUGACGAGAAACGAGAUCUUCUUGCGGGCUCUGGUUGCGAGGUCGUGGUGGUGUCCGAGGCCGCUGAGAAGGACUGGCCUCUCGAGAACCUGUCCAAGGCCACCUCUGUGGAACCCUCAUCCGUCGCCUAUGUCAUCUUCACCUCCGGAAGCACUGGGCUCCCGAAAGGUGUGGUCAUGGAGCACCAAGCUGUCUGUUCAAGUGUGAUGGCCCACGCGGAGCCAUUUGGCAUCGGGCCAGACAGCCGAGUGCUUCAUUUCGCUUCCAUGAGCUUUGAUGCCUCUAUUGCGGAGAUAUUUACGACUAUAGCUCAGGGCGCCUGCAUCUGCAUACCCGACGAGGACCAACGCAUGAGCGACCCUGCUGCGGCCAUCAACCAGUAUCGCGCUACAUGGGCUUUCUUCACGCCAACAGUCCUCAAUCUUAUUGACCCAACCCAGGUCCCUUGCUUGAAGACAGUGGUUGCUGGCGGAGAGCUUGUGAGGAGUGAGCUUGUGGACCAGUGGGCUGACCAUGUUGAGCUUCAAAUCGCAUACGGCCCAACUGAGGUCGCAAUAUUUUGCGCUGGAACGCAGCCUCUGCGACCAGGAAGCCAGUCAGGGGUCAUUGGUUGUCCCCUUGGCGCUAAGGCCUUCGUGGUGAGCGUGGACAACCCUGCGCAGCUGGCACCUGUAGGCUCGGUCGGCGAGCUUUGGAUGAUGAGCCCUCAGCUAGCCAGGGGAUACCUUGGGGAUGAGGAAACUACAGCAGCAGCGUUCGUGGUUGAUCCUCCCUUCGUACGCGAUGCCCAAUGCCAUCGACUAUACCGCACAGGAGACUUGGUGCGAUAUGUCGGUGAUGGCGUACUGGGCUACCUUGGGCGCGUCGAUUCACAGGUUAAGGUGCGAGGGCAGCGUGUGGAGUUGCCAGAGAUUGAGAAGCAGCUCCUUGCCGACGAGAAUGUAGACGAGGGUAUGAUCCUUUUCCCAAAGACGGGAAGCCUCACAGGGAAGGUUACAGCGAUUAUCACUGUUUCCGGGAACCGCCGCCAUGAGCAGGAGCCUGCGGAAACCAGGUUGCCGGACGCAGAUGGGCAAACUGGCCGCCAAGAUAAAUUCAGCCUCCUUCAAGGUGCACGACAAAAGAUUGCUCAAAUGCAAGCGGUCAAGGUAAAGCAAAACCUCACAAGCAUCCUGCCGUCCUACAUGGUACCGGCGGCAUGGUUGGUCGUCCAAUCGAUUCCCACAACGAUAUCUGGCAAAAUAGACCGCCAGCUCGCUACUCGAUGGGUCGCUGGGUUGGAAGAAGAUAUCGCACAGAUGGCUUACCUGAGCUCUGAAGAGGAUCAAGCAGUGGCAGAAAACCAGGCGGAUUCAUCAGGCGCAGUCACAGUAACGGAGCAAACCUUGCAGCAGGUUUCUGCUGCCGUUCUUGGUCUGCCAGUCGAUAAAGUCUUCAUGGGCAAGUCUUUCUUGAAUCAUGGCGGCGAUUCAAUCAGCGCAAUGCAGCUAUCAUCGGGCUGUCGAGAGCAUGGACUACACCUGAGUGUCCAGGAUAUUCUGCGCAGCCGCACCUUAUCCCAGCUUGCUUUGCAUAUGCGCAGUCUGGAUGACUCCAAGGUGUCGCGGACGGAGACGUUCGACGAACCAUUCGACCUAUCCCCCAUUCAGCAACUUUACCUUCAGCUUGACAAAACAAGUGGCGCAGGCCGCUUCAACCAAAGCUUCUUCGUUCGACUUACAAGGCCCAAGGACGUUGUCCACAUCGUACGAGCAGUUGAGACGCUGGUCAGCCACCACUCGAUGCUGCGAGCAAACUUUAGCAUCGAUCAAGCCUCGGGCCGCUGGAAACAGACUGUCUCAGCUCCACUUCAGACAUCUUCGCCCUGCAAUGUCCACGAGGUGGCGAAAGAUCAAAUGCCCGCUAUCAUCGCUGAGACACAGGCGAGAAUCAACCUGCGAAAUGGACCGGUCUUUGCAGUUGAUCUUUUUGAACUUGAUGGAGAAGAAUCCAAUGACAAGGCACCUAUCAGCAAGGCCGAAUCUUCAUCUUCUUCGCGGUCACAAGUUUUGUUCCUUACCGCACACCAUAUGGUCGUCGACCUAGUCUCAUGGCGCACCCUGCUCCAGCAACUCGAAGAGUUGUUAGAGACUGGUAAAUUAUCAGCGCAACGCCCUCUGCCUUUCCAAGUCUGGAACACUCUGCAACAAGCCUAUGUUGAGACCUCUAUCUCCUCGGCCGCUGCGUUGCCGUUUGAACUCCCUCCCAAUAACCUCGAAUUUUGGGGACUACACGACCAAAGCAACGUUUGGGGUGAUGUGGUCACUGAGGGAUUCGACCUUGGUAUGGAUGUUACAAAUCUUUUGCUUCACGAGUGCAAUACAGCGCUCAACACUGAACCAAUCGACUUAUUCACCGCCGCAUUGAUUCGUUCCUUCCAUCUCACGUUCCCAGAACGUGACCUCCCCACACUAUUCAGCGAGAGCCACGGCCGCGAACCUUGGGAUGCCAACAUCGACCUUUCUGGUACCGUCGGCUGGUUUACAACCAUGAGACCGAUAGCUAUUGCAACUGACAUGUACAUUCUCGACACAUUGAAACAGGUCAAGGAUGCCCGACAUGCCACUCCAAGUAACGGCUGGGCGUACUUUGCUAGCCGUUUCUUCCACCCCGAGGGCCAGAAGUCUUUUAAGCUUGACGGCCCAGUUGAGAUCAUCUUCAACUAUUUGGGACGUUUCCAGCAAUUCGAACGUAACGACUCCCUUCUACGACAAGAGACCUGGGUUGGGGGACUUGAGGCUGCCGACAUUGGCCCCGAGAGCCCACGCAUGGGUGUAAUUGAUGUGUCUGCGAGCAUUAGUGACGGGCAUGCUACGCUAAACUUUGCUUACAGCAAGAAGGCCAAGCAUGUCGCGCGCUUUAAAGAGUGGAUUCAGAGUUUCGAGGAGACCCUGGUUGCCAUGACCAAACUGUUACCUAGUCGCCGUCGGGAAUACACGAUUAGCGACCUGCCUCUACUGAGACUUACAGACACUAGCCUACGGUCCUUGGUCACCGACAGGCUACCUGGCAUCGGUGCCACCGUGGAUGAUGUUGAGGACAUAUAUCCUUGCUCUCCUCUCCAAGACGGAAUUCUCAUCAGCCAGGCUCGGGAGGCUGGUCACUACGACACAGUCUUUGCAUUUGAGAUCACUAGCAUCUCUGGAACAGUCAGCUCCACAACACUUGCCAGGGCUUGGCAGGCUGUGGUUGACAGACAUGCGAUCUUGCGUACGCUGUUCAUUAACAACCCUACUUCGGAUGUCGGUUUUGCACAAGUUGUGCUCAAGGAUGUUCGCGCAAAUGUGGUCAUGCAGCGGACUCAAAAUGAUGGUGCCGUGACGAAUCUCGUGGAGCCCCUUGACUCUAUCGAUGGCAAGGGCGAGGCAGCAGAUCCGAGGAGCCGGCCAGAGCACAGAUUCGUCAUCGAUGAGUUGGAGGGCGGCCGUCUUGAGUGUCGACUGGAAAUCAAUCACGCGCUCAUUGAUGGCGCUUCAAUCCCUGUUUUGUUCGGAGAUCUGAUCCGAGCAUAUACAAACGACCUCCCCUCCAGUGCUGCGCCACUUUAUCGUGAUUAUAUCUCUUAUCUCUCAGAGAAUGAGGAGGACGAAGCACUAGCCUACUGGAAAGACAAACUCGCCGGCCUUGAGCCGUGCAACUUCCCGAGCAUGGCUGAUGGGACACAUGCAGCUGCCGACGAACAGCCUACUCUAAACGAGAUCACACUGGACACGGAGGAUCUCGCGGAUCAAGUCGAAGCCUUUUGCGCGGCCAAUGAGGCGACCGUGUCGAACCUGACUUAUGCAGCAUGGGCCUUGGUCUUGCGUGCAUACACUGGAUCAGAGGACGUCUGUUUCGGAUAUUUGAACUCAGGGCGCGAUGUACCGAUCCCCGAAGCCGAGGCAACUGCCGGACCUUUUAUCAAUAUCCUGACUGCUCGAUACAACGUGUCGUCCAAGUCAACGAUGAAGGAUCUUAUGGAUGCAAGCAAAGACGCAUACGUCCAAUCACUGCCUCAUCAGAGCUGCUCACUAAGCAAAAUCCAACAUGAGCUUGGCCUAAGCGGACGGAAGUUGUUCAACACUGGAGUGUCUGUGCAAAGCACCGGAAGAAUCAGUGGCAAUGCUCAGGAGUCUGAGCUGCAGCUCCGUAGCAUCGGUGGUCACGACCCAACAGAGUUUGAUAUCACCCUGAAUGUCGGCGUUCAAGCUGGUCAAUUGUCAGGCAAUAUUAAAUACUGGUCCACUACCUUGACAGAGUCGCAGGCUGUCGCUGUGGCACAGUCCUUCUGCACUGCCCUGCGGCUCUUGAUCGGCGAUGUUCACAGCACAUACGACAACAUUGGCUGGUUGAGCAGCGCCGAUGAGAACCUUGUGAGCGAUUGGAAUAACGCUGCGGAUAUCGAGAUAGUCGAUGCAUGCAUGCAUGACAUGUUCCAAGAUCAGGCACUCAGAAACCCGGACAAGGAGGCGAUCACCUCCUGGGAUGGCGAUUUAACAUAUCGUGAGCUAGACCUGCUUUCAGAUCGCUUGGCUGUCCAGCUUAUUGGUCUUGGCGUCACUGCAGAGGUUGUGGUGCCGCUAUGUUUUGAAAAGUCGUUGUGGCCUGUGGUGGCAAUGCUCGCUGUGCUCAAGGCAGGCGGUGCGUGUGCCCCUAUGAUCCCUGAGCAUCCUGAUGAUCGUCUUGCAGCCAUCAUCGAAGAUACUGCGGCAACUCUGGUUCUGGUCUCGGAGAGUCAGGAGUCCAGAUUCAGCAGUCUUGUCAGUCAAACGAUCACCGUCAGUGCAUCUACAUUAGGGUGGCCGACCAACGCCGAUAGCCCCCUUGAUGACACUCAGAAGCCGAAGCCGUCAGCUACGCCUUCUAAUAUGUCUUUUGUGAUGUUCACAUCAGGAAGUACCGGCCGUCCAAAGGGUGUCCUCCUGUUGCACCAUUCCUUGGCUACAAUGAUCAGGGCACAGAUCAGACGCAUGGGGUAUAAGCCAGACUCCCGCGUGCUUCAAUUUGGUGCAUUCAGCUUCGAUCUAAGCAUAGAAGAUAUCUUUACAACGCUUUCUGCUGGUGGUUGUAUCUGCAUGCCCUCUGAGCACGACCGGGUCAACGAUCUUACAGGCGUCAUCAAUAGGAUGAGAAUCGACUUUGCUGCCGUAACUCCAUCGGUGGCCGCUCUUUUGGUGCCAGACUCGGUACCGACUCUCAAAACUCUCGUCUUCGUCGGCGAGGCAUUGACAGCAUAUGUUAUCAAACCUUGGAUUGGGCGCGUCAAGCUGAUGAACGGUUAUGGUCCCACUGAAGGUACUAUCUUAUCCUCACUCCAAGACAACAUCGACCCCCAAGCCCCAGGAAAUAUCGGCAAAGCUAUUGCAACAACUCUUUGGGUCGCUGAUCCCUCCGACUACAGACAUCCGGUGCCGGUCGGCGUUGUUGGUGAGCUACUCUGUCAUGGGCCAACCUUGGCCCGCGGUUAUCUUGAUGAGCGCCAGAAUAAGGGUGCAUUCGUCAAGGUUCCAACCUGGAUCAAAAAAACACUACAAGGCUCCCCAUGGGAUCGCGUAUAUCGUACCGGAGACUUGGUACGAUAUGCGGAGGACGGUUCUCUUCACUGCCUAGGCCGCAAAGAUACCCAAGUGAAGAUGAGAGGCCAGCGUUUGGAAGUUGGCGAGAUUGAAUAUGCCAUUACCAGCGCCACUGAAGGGGCUCGUGUUGUCGUGGAUGCCGUGCAGCCAGAAGACAUCAAGCGAGCUAAAAUGCUUGUGGCAUUCCUCGAGCAAGAUGAGCAGUCGAACCAAGAUAGUGACGCAAGCACCACGCUCGACAAACACAACAACCAGAACACGGAGAUCGAGCUGCUACCGCCCACAAUUGCGUUCGCGAAGAUGGUUGCGUCGCUGAAGAAGCAUUUGGCUACAAAACUGCCAGCUUUCAUGAUACCGCGAGUGUUCCUUCCACUGGCGCGUAUGCCACUCAGUCCGAACGGAAAGGCCGAACGCCGCAAACUAAGGGAUUGGGCGAGCAAACUCGAUGCUGAGUCUCAGUAUGCCUACGCUUAUGUUGUAGCCGAGCGCGUUGAGCCUUCCACUGUAGCUGAAAAACAACUUUGCGAACUUUGCGAAGGCGUCCUUCGGUUGCCAAAGGAGUCGGUCGGCACGAAUGAUGAUUUCUUCCAGCUUGGUGGCGAUUCCAUCGAUGCAAUGCGCCUGGUUGCAGCUGCUGGUGAAAUCGGGUUAAAUCUAUCAGUUGGGCAGCUUUUCCGCCGUUCACAGCUCUCCUCUCUGGCCAAAGAAGUUGAGGUUUCUGGGAACGCUUCAGAAGCGGAUGAAGCGGCAGUCCGGGCGUUCACCUUGCUGGGCGAAAUUGAACAAGACGAGAAAGCCUCGCUUUUAGCCGAGGCCGCACGGCAAUGUGGUGUUGAAGAAGAAAAAGUGCAGGAUAUUUACCCCUGUACGCCACUGCAAGAAGGCCUCAUGGCAAUCGCUGCUAAACAGCCCGGCGCAUACAUGGCGCAACAUACCUUCCGCUUGAGAUCGAAUGUUGAUUUGGGUCGUUUCAAGGCAUCAUGGGCACAGACGACGAAGCAUUGCGAUAUUCUCCGCACACGUAUCGUUUACACUGAGGGACGGGGGCCACUGCAGGUGGUUGUGGAUGAGACGCCAUCCUGGUUCGAGCAUAAUGAUCUGCAUGAAUACCUCAAAGUCGACAAGGAGAAGGCCAUGGUGUACGGGACAGCUUUGAGCCGUCUAGGACUUAUUCUUGGCGAGGAAGACAACACUCUUUACGCCGUAUGGACCGCACACCACACCGUCUAUGAUGGCUUCUCAUUGGGCAUGGUUAGGGGAUUGGUCGACCAAGCAUAUGACGCCAAUUCCAUGGCGCUUGCACUUCCACCGAUACCUUUCUCACAGUUCAUCAAACAUCUUAUCACAGGAGCUGCUCCCGAUGGAGUCACGGUCGAGCAAUACUGGCGCCAAAAUCUGGACGGGUGGAACGGUAUGCCCUUCCCCAGACUCCCCUCAGCGACGCACCAAGCACGCACCAACCAAAACACGGCAUACCGCUUCGAAAUGCCAGAGCCCUCCAUCCCCGGCAUUACGCUUGCUUCACUCUUGCAAGCUGGGUGGGCAGCAGUUCUCGCCUGUCAUACUGGCUCAGAUGAUGUAGUGUUCGGAUUAACGCUGAGUGGAAGGAACGCCUCUGUGGCGGGCAUCACUCGUAUGGUCGGCCCAACGAUCUCAACAGUGCCUAUGCGGCUCAAAUACAACGCGAUGGCUACCGUGAGUGAUCUUCUGCACGGUAUUCAACGCAAUUCCACGGACAUGAUACCGUACGAGCAGGCUGGCUUGCAUCAUAUUCGAUCUGUCAGCUCGGACGCCCAGGCUGCCUGUAACUUCCAAAGCCUGGUGGCCGUGCAACCUUCUCAGAAAGCGACUCCAGACGACAACGAGGAGCCGAGUCAGGAGCCCCUCAUGAUGCCCCAGAUUGAAGGUGUUGAUCUUGCGGGCUUCCACACAUAUCCUCUGAUUGUAGAGUGUUGGCCUUCGGAGCACAAAAUGGAGUUCACUGCUCAGUAUGACGACAAGGUCCUCUCAGAAUGGGAGGUGCAGAGGAUACUCGCGCAGUUCGCCUAUCUGGUGACCCAGCUAGCCACGUCGGAUCCGAAAGCCACGGUCAAUACAAUCGGCACCUUCAGCUCGCAGGACGCCGCCUUGGUCUGCGAUUGGAAUAAUGCAUCAUCGACAACAGCACUCGAUGCUUGUAUUCAUGAGAUGGUUCAGGAACAAGCGCUCUUGCGCCCAGAAGCACCAGCAUUGGCUGCAUGGGACGGUAAUCUGACCAACAGCGAGUUGAACAUGGCCUCACAUCGACUUGCGUCGCAACUCAUUAAGCUCGGCGUUGGAGCUGGGGUCUUAGUGCCUGUCUGCUUCGAAAAGUCUAUGUGGGCAGUUGUUUCCAUGUUGGCAGUCCUAAGAACAGGCGCAGCGAUUGUUCCGAUGGCCCCUCAGGACACGGAUGAACAGCUUGCCGCCAUUAUUCGAGAAACGGGAGCUGAGGUGGUCGUCGUUUCUGAGGCACAAGAAACCCGUUUCUCCCAUCUCGCCGAGCGUCCUUGCGCGGUUGGUCCAUCAAGUCUGAGCUGGUCAAAACAGCAUGAGGCUUUUGAGAAGAUGGCCACUGAGCCGGCAGUCAGUCCUUCAGACCUUGCCGUCGUCAUAUUCACCUCAGGAAGCUCAGACGAACCAAAGGGCGUGCUUCUCGAACAUCGCGCUUUGUGCACGAGCAUGAUGGCGUAUGGCAAGGCACUAGAAAUAGGGCCUACAUCUCGUGUCUUGCAGUUUGCUGCUUUUACCUUCAACGUCAGUUUUCAGGAUAUUUUCACUACCCUAAUAAGGGGUGGUUGCGUAUGCAUUCCCUCCGAGGAGUCUCGCCUGAAUGACCUCCCCGAAGCCAUCAACAGUUUGCAAGUUAAUUGGGCUAGUUUGACCCCGACCGUGGCCAGCGUCCUAAAGCCAGAGUCUGUGCCUUCUCUUAGAACCCUCACGCUUGCAGGCGAGGCAGUCACGACUCAGGUCGUUGAAACGUGGGCUAACGCUGUUGACUUGCACAAUUGCUACGGGCCAGCGGAGAGCUCUAUCUACUGUACCUGGCAGUCUGAUGUAGGCACUGGCCGGCAUCCAGCCAACAUUGGACGGGCGAUAGCGGCAACAGUUUGGGUUGCUGAUCCUUCCGACUACAAUCGCCCAGCUCUAGUGGGUGCCGUCGGUGAACUGUUGGUGCAGGGCCCCUCCCUGGCUCGUGGUUAUCUCAACGAUGAGGACCAAACCGCGGAUGCCUUCAAACAGCCGCCAGCGUGGAUUGCGAACCUUUCGUCCGAAACCGGAUCUAGUAAGGUUUACCGCACUGGGGAUAUUGUGCGAUACUCCGAAGAUGGUUCUCUCAUCUACUGUGGACGAAAGGACUCGCAGGUCAAGGUGCGAGGGCAGCAAGUGGAGUUAGGAGAAGUCGAGCAAGAGUUGAACAAGCUCGAGAACGUAGAGACUGGACUUGCGUUAUUCACCAAAGAGGGGCCGCUGGCUGGCAAGGUUAUAGCGGUGGUCUCUCUUUCUAGCCAAGGAGUGCAGGCACCUGCUGAUGAGGAGACGUCCCUCGGGAAGGUUAUCCUGAACGAUGGCCUUUCUACCCUCAAGGGCGCACUCAAAGCAGUGGCUAAGCUGCAGGCUGUCAGGAUGCAGCAGGCACUGACUGACAAGCUGCCUAAUUUCAUGAUCCCCUCGACGUGGCUCAUUGUGGAGUCAAUUCCUCUCAACUCUGCUGGAAAGGUGGACCGACGUCGGGUCAUGCAAUGGGUGUCACGCACGGACGAGCUUUCGUCAGAAGCAGAGCUUCUUGGGCCAGAGCAUGAGGCUGCUGUCGACUCUGAAGGACCCGUUGGAAGUGCCGCAACGGCGAUGGAGCAAGCUCUGCAAGAGGCCUGCGCUGAAGUUUUUGGCAUUGGCAUCGAGCAGGUGUCAAUGGCGCGAUCGUUCUUCAACCAUGGUGGCGAUUCUAUCACAGCGAUGUCACUCUCGUCAUAUUGCCAACGCCAAGGGAUCAAGAUUACCGUGCAGGAAAUCAUGCGCGCUACUACCCUUUCACAACUGGCAAUGCGCAUGAAGAGCGCUGGCGACUCGAAGGUUCCUAGAGAUGAACCAUUUGAUCAACCCUUUGACCUUUCGCCCGUCCAGCAGCUCUAUUUCGAUCUUGGUAGCGACGGAGCAGUCAAUGCCCGAUUCAACCAGGGCUUCUUCGUACGUCUUACACGUCGGAAGAAGGUCUUGGAAGUGGCUCGCGCCGUGGAGGCCCUCGUCAGCCAUCACUCCAUGCUGCGCGCUCGCUUCGCUACUGAUGACAGUGGCAAGUGGUACCAGUAUGUUACUGCAGAGAUCCAGAACUCCUAUGAGUUCAGUGUGCACGAAGUUCCGCAGAAAGACGGGGAUACACUCAUGGCGUCUGUCAAUGCGAAGCUGCAAUCUCGAAUCAACCCGCAAACAGGCCCUAUAUUUGCCACCGCAUUAUUCGAGCUUGACGAGGGCGAGGCAGAACCAGCACAGGUCAUGUUCCUGGUCGCACACCAUCUGGUUGUGGAUUUGGUGUCCUGGCGCGUGUUACUUCAACAGCUGGAAGAGCUCCUGGACACUGGCAAGCUAUCCGCAGGUCCACCUGUUCCGUUCCAAGUCUGGUGUGAUCUUCAGAAGUCCUACGUCGAGGAAAAUCUCUCAGUAGACCUGACGCUACCGUUCCCAUUACCCUCCAAUGAUAUUGACUUCUGGGGCCUAGACCAAGAUUCAUAUACCUGGGGUGAUAUCGAGGGCGGCGGGUUCGAACUUAGUAAGGAAGCCACAGAUCUCCUUCUUGGCGAUUGCAACACCGCCUUCAAAAUAGAGACUGUCGACAUUCUCACCACAGCUCUUAUCUAUUCUUUCCAACAAACCUUCCAAGAACGGGAGGUUCCGGCAGUCUUCAGUGAAGGCCACGGGCGUGAGCCGUGGGAUCCAGAUAUCGACAUAUCAGGCACAGUUGGCUGGUUCACCACGCUACGGCCCUUGGCAGUCUCUGUUGAUAAGCACGAUAUAGUGGAAACACUCCGGAGAACCAAGGACGCCCGGCUAGCAACGCUAAGCAAUGGUUGGGCUUACUUCGCGAGCCGCUUCUUGCAUCCUGAGGGUCGUGAGGCCUUUGGCAUGAAUGAUCCCGUCGAGAUAGUUUUCAACUAUCUUGGGCAGUUUCAGCAGUUUGAGCGCAGUGAUUCCCUGUUGCGUCUCGAGCCUCGUCCUGGCGGCCUCGAGGCGGCUGACAUGGGCCCAAACACCCGCCGUAUGGCUGCGAUUGAUGUCUCUGCACUGGUGAAAGAUGGCAAAGCAGUUGUCAGUUUGGUCUACAACAAGAAGAUUCGUCAUUUGAACCGUCUCGGCGAAUGGAGAACCCUUUUCGAGAAGGCACUGAUGACGCUUGUCAAGGUUCUGCCUGCCCAUGGUCGCGAGUAUACCCUGGAGGACCUUCCCCUUCUCAAACUCUCACGACCAGCCUUGCAACAACUUGUCAGUGACCGCCUUCCAGGUAUUGGCAUUAACGAUAUAGAUGAGGUUGAGGACAUUUAUCCUUGCUCCCCAAUUCAGCAAGGCAUCCUUAUGAGCCAGGUCAAGGUUGCCGGCCACUACGAUACACAAUUCUCCUUUGAAGCAAUUGGCCGCUCUGCUAUUGAUGGAGACCGACUUUUCCGAGCGUGGCAGCAGGUUGUCGAGCGACAUGCUAUACUUCGUACCGUAUUUAUCAACGGAGUUACACUCGACGGCAGCUUUGCUCAAGUUGUCCUGAAAGACUUCAAAGCAGUUGUCGUGCGAAAGAUCGAGGGAGAAAUUGAGCAAGAGGCGGGCUCGGCACACGAUCAUCGACCGGCGCACAAAUUCGUCAUCAAGGACGGUGCGGACGGUCGCCUUGUAUGCCGGCUCGAAAUAAGCCAUGCCCUCAUUGAUGGCGCAUCCAUGCAGCUCCUGUUCGGUGACCUCAUGCGAGCUUAUACUGGUGACUUGCCAACAGGACACCGACCCCUUUACCGCGACUACAUUGCACACCUAUCGGCAAACGGGGGAUUCUCUGAUGGAAUGGCAUACUGGACUAACCACCUAGCGGGCAUUGAGCCUUGCUACUUCCCACCCCUAGUUACUCAAGCAAUUGGUGCAGCGACAGAGGAGCGCCAACUUGGGACUGUCAACAUUCCUCCGGGUGACUUGCCAGUCGAUCUCCAAGCCUUCUGUGCUGAGAAUGACUUGACCAUCUCUAAUGUGGUUCACGCGGCUUGGGCCAUCGUACUACGUGCUUACGCCGGCUCAGAGGAUGUCUGCUAUGGCAAUCUCACCUCGGGUCGCGAUGUUCCUGUCGAGGACGUCGACAAUAUCGCUGGCCCGUUCAUCAACCUUCUCGCUACUCGCCUUCCUAUCAAUGCUGAAACGACGAUGGCUGACCUGCUAUCUGCCAGCAGAGAGUCAUAUGCCCAGUCGAUACCCUAUCAGAGUGUGUCACUGGCGAGUGUGCAGCAUGAGCUCGGUUUGAAGGGACAACCUCUAUUCAACACCUUGGUAUCCAUCCAGACCCAGGCUGCAGGUGAGGCUCUGCAGCAAGAAACGCCUGAGGUGUACUUCCGUUCUGUUGGCGGCUACGAUCCCACAGAGUACGACAUCACUCUCAAUAUCGCCAUCCGAGGGGGCGUGGUAUCCGGCAACAUCAAGUACUGGAGUUCGGUCAUGAAUGAUGCACAAGCUAUUGCCGUGGCUGAAGCCUUCAACGGUGCUAUGCGCUUCCUGGUCGGGUGUCCUGAUCUCACUUUUGGAAGCAUCGGAUGGCUAAGCAACACGGAUGCGGCGACCGUUGGCUGCUGGAACCAAGACUAUCCAGCAGCCCUAGAGUCGUGUCUACACCUUUUGUUCCAAGAGCAAGCGCACCUCCGUCCUGAUGACACAGCGAUCUCGUCUUGGGAUGGUGAGAUGACUUAUCGCGAGCUCGAUCUGGAGUCUAGCCGCUUGGCUGCUUACCUUUCUAGGCAGGUGGCACCAGGGGAGUUGGUGCCCCUGUGUUUUGAGAAAUCACGUUGGGCCGUCGUUGCUAUGUUGGGUGUACUUAAGGCUGGAGGCGUUUGCGUGCCUAUGGUUCCUGAACAUCCAGACUCUCGACUCAUUGGUAUAAUUGAAGACGCCACAGCCAACACAUUGCUGAUAUCAGAGUCCCAGAAGGCCCGAUUCACUGGUCUCGCAAAGAACGCUAUUAGCAUCGGACCAAACUCGGAGGCAUGGUCUGAGAGUCCGAACGGCCACCUCCAACAAGUACAGCCAUCAGAUCUAGCUUUCAUCAUCUUUACUUCUGGUAGCACUGGUCGACCGAAGGGCGUUCUUCUCGAACACCGUGCGCUCUGCACAAGCAUUGGAGCGCACGGAGACGCUUUGAAGAUAGGCCCGUCCUCACGAGUGCUCCAAUUUGCGGCCUUUAGCUUCGACAUUUCCCUCCAAGACGUUUUCACAACGCUAACUAGAGGCGGUUGUGUGUGUAUUCCUUCUGAACACGAUCGACUUAACGACCUGGCUGGUGCGAUCAAUUCUCUUGGUGUCAACUGGGCUGGGUUGACACCGACCGUGGCCGCGCUCCUCCAACCCCAAUCAGUUCCGAAACUGAAAACGCUGGCCUUGGCCGGUGAGGCUCUGACCGCCCAGGUAGUUGAUGUCUGGAGCAAAGAGGCAAAGAUUCACAAUUGCUAUGGCCCUGCAGAAAGCUCAAUUUACUGCGCCUGGCAGGGAAUCCCCGAGAAAGAAGGUCGCCAUCCAUCCAAUAUUGGCAUAGCACUGGCGACGACGUUGUGGGUUGCCGACGCCAGAGAUUACACCCAACCUGCACCAGUGGGCGUUCCAGGCGAACUUCUGAUCCAGGGACCAACAUUAGCCCGAGGAUACCUCAAUGAUGAGGCACUUUCCUCGAGCGCAUUCGCCCCAUCUCCCGCAUGGAUCGCUAGCUACCGCCCUCAGGGGCAGUGGGGACGAGUCUAUCGCACGGGAGACCUCGUACGGUACGACGAAGACGGGACAUUGGUUUACCUGGGACGGAAAGACUCGCAAGUCAAAUUGCGCGGUCAGCGCGUGGAGCUGGCUGAGAUCGAGUACGCCAUUCUGGGGGCUCGCACAGAAGCUUCACGUGUGGCAGUUGACCUAUUCCCAACAGCUGAUCGAGAACGUGGUGAUAUUCUCAUUGCGUUAAUCGAAGAAACUCAGGCGGAUCGAACCUUAGUGGACGAGGCAAGAGAGCCACGCUCUUCGCAGCCCCUGCUACCGGCAUCUACAGCGCUCAUCAGCAAGUACCAGGCGCUCAAAUCCUCUCUAUCAGUAAAGUUGCCGGCAUUUAUGAUACCGCAAGUCUUCAUACCACUCCUCAAGAUGCCUCUCAACUCCUCCGGUAAAAUCGACCGGCGACGACUGCGGGAGUGGAUCGGCGCCCUUGCUGCCGAAGACAUUGCUGCUUACAGCAGCCGACGAGCAAAGAAGCGUGAGCCAUCUAGCGAUACAGAGAGACGCCUCCAAAUGCUUUGGGAGAUGAUUCUCCGUUUGCCAUCCGGCUCAGUCGGGGCGGAUGACCACUUUUUGGAACUUGGAGGCGACUCAAUCGAUGUAAUGAGACUUGUUGCUGCAGCAGGAGAAGUCGGCCUGACAACAUCAGUUGGUCAAGUUUUCCGCACGCCACACUUGUCUGCAUUGGCGCACGAUAUCGACACGGCCGGACACAAAGCGUCUGAGGUGGAAGCCAUCUAUCAGCCCUUCUCUCUACUAUUCAAGAACCAAAAGAGUGUAGAAGGUGAGGAACUGACAACUCUGGUGUCGAUCGCAGCUGAUCAGUGUGGCGCCAAUGCCACGGCCAUCCAUGACAUCUUGCCCUGCACAGCCUUGCAAGAGGGUCUGAUGGUCCUCACCGCAAAGACUCCAGGCGCCUACAUGGCACAGCAUAUCUUCCGCCUCAGACCGAAUGCUGAUACAGAACGACUCAAGGCGGCAUGGGCCAGAACUGUGGCUCAGUGUGAUAUUCUUCGCACGCACAUCGUAUAUGUCGAAGGUUGGGGCCCUCUUCAAGCUGUUGUGGACGAAAGCCCGAUAUGGCAGGAUGAAAGCAACCUCCAGAACUUCCUGACGCAAGACAAAAAGAGGUCAAUGGAAUAUGGCAAGCCGUUGAACCGGGUUGCUCUUAUAUCCGAAGCCAAAGAAGGCCACGACAAUGACAUGUUCCUUGUUUGGACUGCGCACCACGCUAUUUACGACGGCUGGUCUAUUGGGUUGGUGAAGCAAUUGAUGGAACAGGCUUACGCACAAGGAGACGGCGAGUCACCUAUACUGUCUCCACUGCCGUUCUCACAUUUCAUCAAGCACGUCUCGGUCGGAAAUGACGCUGGAACUUCUCCAAGCAACGACUUCUGGUUGCAGCACCUCGACGGCUGGAGCGGUGCUCAUUUCCCAAAGCUCCCAUCGACAAUCUAUCAGCCGUCUGCCAACAAAAGCAUCGACCAUAGCUUCUCAAUGCCGACAGAGAAGCUUCCUGUCGGCGUGACCCAUGCCCUCCUCUUGCAAGCAGGCUGGGGAGCCGUCCUGUCCCAGCAAACAGGGUCAGAAGACGUUUGUUUCGGAUUGACGCUCAGUGGCCGCAACGCUCCGUUACCAGGAAUUACACAUAUGGUCGGCCCAACCAUCACUACAGUGCCGUUGAGACUGAAAAUCGAUCCAGCUUCCACAGUCCAGAGGCUCCUCGAAUCUGUCCAACAAGCUUCCACAGAUAUGAUACCAUUUGAGCAAGCGGGCCUGCACCGCAUUCAGUCACUGAGCUCAAACGCCCAAGCGGCUUGCCAGUUUCAGAGUCUCCUAGCCGUGCAGCCAGGUAGCAGAGACGGCGCCAGGGGUUCUGACCAGAAGCCCUUGUUAACGCCCUACACCAACGGCACCGAUUUGGGAGGUUUUCACACAUACCCCCUUGUUGUGGAAUGCCGACCGAGCCAGAACACGAUCGAGCUAGAGGCCCAAUACGAUGAUGCCGUGGUUUCCGAGUGGGAGGUUCGAAGGUUGCUCUAUCAAUUCGCACAUAUUGUGCAAGAGUUUGGCCGCGCUGACCUCCACCUUGCGAUUCGCGAUAUCAAUGCAUUUGGACCACGAGACGCGCUCCUCGUUCAGGAAUGGAAUGCCACACUCCCGAACGACAUUAUGUCAUGCGUGCAUAAUCUGGUUCAGAAGCAGGUAGAUGUUCGCGUGGAUUCGGCGGCGGUAUCGGCUUGGGAUGGCGAUUUGACGUAUGGAGAGCUGAACGAGCUCUGUAAUCGUCUUGCCGCUCGACUUGCCAAUCUCGGUGUCGGAAAGGGCUCAAUAAUUCCGAUGUGCAUCGAGAGGUCCUCAUGGGUGGUGGUUGCCAUCUUGGCUGUCCUCAAAGCCGGAGCUGCCUUUGUACCUCUUGACUCUGCCGUCCCUAGCAGCCGACUACAGUCCAUCGUUGAAGACACCCGCGCUUCUAUUGCCCUUGGCAGUCCGGAGAAGCUCAGUCUUCUGUCAGCAUGCGGCCUAACGUGCGUGGAGGUAUCAAGCACUGCUGCUGCCACGGAGUGGCCGUCAUCGGCGGCCUCAGUAAAUGCCAUGACAAAACCAACCGACAUCGCCUACAUUAUGUUCACUUCUGGCAGCACAGGCCGACCCAAGGGCGUUCUAAUGGAACAUCAUGCACUAUGCUCUGGAGUAAGAGCUCAAGGAAACGCGAUGAACUUCACCGCAGAAACACGAGCGUUGCACUUCGCAUCUCUUAGCUUCGAUGCCUCUAUUGCUGAGAUCAUCACAACUUUGUGCUUUGGUGGCUGCGUAUGCGUCCCAGACGAACAACAGCGCCUAAAUAGCCCAGCCGACGCCAUUAAUAACUAUAAAGUCAACUGGGCUUUGAUCACCCCAUCUGUUAUCGGUCUCAUAAAGCCGGACGACGUUCCUUCACUCGCCACGCUGGUGCUUGCUGGCGAGGCAAUUCGAGAGGAGAAUAUCCAGGCAUGGGCAGGCCGGGUGCAUCUCAUUAACGGCUACGGACCUACAGAGACUUGCGUCAUCUGUGUGGCAGAGAAGAUCUUGCCGCGCUACUUACACCCAGCCACCAUUGGGAAGGCGGUUGGAACUAUCCUGUGGGUUGUGAGCCUCAGCAAUGAUACGCAGCUUGCAACGGUUGGCUCAAUUGGUGAGUUAUGGGUUGAGGGUCCACAGCUAGCUCAAGGAUAUCUCAACAACGAGGAAGCCACAACAGCGGCGUUCGUGGUUGAUCCGCCGUUCCUGAGUGGCGGCGCACAGGGUCGUCGACUCUAUCGAACAGGAGACUUGGUCCAAUACAACGAAAACGGUUCACUGCGGUACCUUGGACGCAAAGACUCACAGGUCAAGGUCCGCGGGCAACGUGUCGAGCUGCUUGAGAUCGAGCAUCAGCUCUGCUCUCUCGAGCGCAUUGAUGCCGGCAUCAUAAUGUUUCCCAAGGAAGGCCCUCUGAAAGGAAAGGUGACUGCCAUUUUCACCCUCCUCGGCAGUGACAACGACGCAGCUGUCAACGGCCACAGUGGCCAUACCAACGAGCAUGCCAAUGGCCAUUCAAACGGUUUCGAGAAUGGCCUCGCAAAUGGCCACCAUGAGGAGGAACAGGACCCCGAGAAAGCACAUAAUCCCGCCAAGGCUGACAUCCGCCAACUCCAAGGAGCUUCGAGAGAUGAAGCGUGGAGACAGACGGUCAGGAUGCGACAAGCUCUGGCUGAUCAACUGCCAUCGUACAUGGUUCCAACGGCAUGGCUGGUUGUCGAGUCAAUCCCUCUCCAAGCUUCAGGGAAGCUAGACCGUGCUUUAGUUAUGCAGUGGGUGUCAAGUAUGCCGGAGCAAACGGCCCAUGCUUCCCUUCUUGACCAGACAAGCAUCGAUGUCGAAGAUCCAGCAUCAGCCGCUGCCACCUUGACCGAACAGACGGUGCAGCAAGCAUGUGCUGAUGUUUUGGGCCUAUCAAUCGAAAAGGUCGCUAUGUCUCGUUCCUUCUUGAGCCUUGGAGGCGACUCCAUUGCUGCAAUGCAACUGGCUUCUCGAUGCCGCGCGCUUGGUCUAAGGGUCACUGUACAAGAAAUCCUUCGCAGUCCGACGCUGCUGCAGCUCUCGCUUCGCGCGAGUAUUGAAGAUUCUGAAAUUCCGCGAGAUGAGACAUUUGACGAGCCAUUUGAGCUUUCCCCAAUGCAAGAGUUAUACUUCGGACUUGGGGAGACUGCGGGCACCGCGAAGUUCAAUCAGAGCUUCUCCAUCCAACUCAAUCGUCGAAAGGAAGUGGCAGACAUCGCACGUGCCGUGGAGGCAUUAACCAGCCAGCACUCCAUGCUUCGUGCUCGGUUCAUCAAGCCAGACUCUGAAUCUGCGAAGUGGCGACAGAUGGUCACAACGGAAACGAAGAAGUCAUUCCAGUUCGCUGCGCACACCGUGCCAAAGGACCAAGCAGACGUCUUCAUGGCCUCCAUCGUCGCUAAGACCCAGUCUCAGAUCAACCCCAUCACUGGGCCGGUAUUUGCAGUAGAUGUCUUUGAACAAGACAAUGGCCCCGGCGAGCCAAGCACACAGACUAUCUUUCUUGUUGCACACCAUCUAGUUGUUGAUCUGGUUUCAUGGCGCAUCCUCCUCCAACAGCUCGAAGAGCUUCUCGAGACCGGAAGACUAUCAGCAGAACGCCCGAUUCCAUUCCAAGUGUGGAAUAGGAUGCAAAGGGAGUACGGAGCUCGUGAACUUUCUCCACAGGCCGCUUUGCCAUUUGAUCUCCCACCACACAAGCUGGACUUCUGGGGCCUUGAGAACGAGAAGAACGUGGUGGGCGACUUGCAGGCUGCCGGAUUCACCCUCAGCAGCAACAUCUCGGAUCUAUUGCUUGGCGGCUGUAAUACGGCUUUUGCAACCGAACCUAUUGAUCUUUUUACCGCAGCCUUGCUUUACUCUUUCUCAAGAACGUUUACAGAGAGACAGCCACCGACAAUCUUCAGCGAGGGUCACGGCCGCGAGCCGUGGGACCCAGCAAUUGACCUCUCAGGCACAGUCGGCUGGUUCACAGCUCUACGCCCCUUGGCGGUACCAGUGACCUGUGAAACCAACAUCAUGACAGUGGUCCAGCAGGCAAAGGAUGCACGACUUUCAACUAUAAGCAACGGCUGGGCCUACUUCACUUCCCGUUUCUGUCACCCUCAAGGUCGGGAUACUUUCAAGGCUGAGGGCGCCGUGGAACUUAUCUUCAACUACCUGGGCCGCUUUCAGCAGCUUGAACGUGAAAACGCAUUGUUCGGGCAAGCUCCUCGUAUUGGUGGCUUCGAGACUGCCGAUAUGGACGCUGAGACGCCACGAAUGAGCGUCCUCGAUGCUUCAGCAUCAGUCCAGGAUGGCUGCGUCUCUUUCAAUAUUUCUUACAGCAAGGCCAUACAACAUAUUGAAAGGAUCGUUGAAUGGGUCAAGGCACUGGAAUCAACACUGAUUCAGCUGACCGAGGUGCUCCCAAAUCGCUCCCGCGAGUACACCGUUGGUGAUCUGCCUUUGCUGCGACUGUCGCAAGCUUCCCUGAAGCAGCUGACACAGGAUCGUCUUCCUGGUAUUGGAAUCAAGAACAUCGAUGAAGUUGAGGACAUAUACCCCUGUUCUCCUAUCCAAGAGGGAAUGUUGGUGAGCCAGACAAAGGUCACAGGUCACUAUCAAAGCGCCUUCACGUUUGAAGCUACCAGCCGAGCUGGACCGGUCAGCUUGACCUCACUUGAGAAGGCGUGGCAAAGUGUAGUAAGCCGGCACGCUAUCUUGCGCACAAUCUUCAUUGAUGGAGUCACGCCAAAUGUCGCUUUUGCCCAGGUCGUCCUGAAGCAUAGUGUUGUCAACACCGUUCACUAUUUGGCAGAUGGUCAAGAAGUGCAGGCCCAUCAAGGACAUUUGCCAUCCGGCCCCCUGCCACCGCACCGACUUACGCUUAAAGAAACAGCCGGCGGUGGCGUCGAAUGUCAUCUGGAGAUCAGCCACGCCUUGAUCGAUGGUGCUUCCCUACAGUUCCUUUUCAGGGAUCUCUCUCAAGCCUACGAGGGCUCGCUGUCGGUUGAUGGAGGCUCGGGUUACCGUGAUUACAUCGCGUACCUCUCCGCCCAUGACAAGAGUGACACCGAAGCCUACUGGGACAAGUACCUCAGUGGCCUUGAGCCUUGCUAUUUCCCUCGCUUGUCCGACACUCAGUCCGGCACAGCUGGCGUGAGUGAACCUGAGCUUCGUGAAGUCCACCUCGAUGCAAAUGCCUUUGGAUCUGGUGUCCAGGCAUUCUGCGCAACUCAAGAGGUUACCAUAUCCAACGUCCUCCAUGCCGCUUGGGCGAUUCUUUUGCGAUCAUACACCGGCUCGGAAGAUGUCUGCUUCGGCUUCCUUACCUCAGGCCGCGACGUUCCCGUUCAUAGAGUCGGAGAAACAAUUGGGCCCUUCAUCAACAUCCUUACCUGUCGACUCGCAGUCCCGGCGGCCGCGACGAUGACCGCUCUAGUCACCUCAACUAAGGAGGCAUACACACAAGCAUUGCCGCACCAGAGCUGCUCUCUAGCUCAGAUUCAGCACAGACUGGGCUUCUCGGGCCAAGCACUCUUCAAUACCGCGUUGUCCGUACAGUCUCAUGGUGGUGGUAGCGGUCAAACAGCCGAAAGCGGCAUUCAAUUCCGGAGCAUAGACACUCAUGACCCGACAGAGUUCGAUAUCACGCUGAACAUAAGUGUGCAAGGCGACAAACUGUCGGGUAACAUCAAGUACUGGACGACUCUUAUGACAGACUCGCAGGCCUCAAGCUUGGCUGAGUCCUUUGUCGCAAUUCUUAACAACGCAGUCGCCUCUCCACAGGAGGCCAUAUCAACCCUCGAGAAAAUCGACCGCUUCGAUAAAGCUUUAAUUUCUUCAUGGAAUCAAGCGCCUCCCAAUCGUGUAGAGGAGUUGGCGAUACUAGCAGUACUCAAGGCAGGAGGCGCAUUUGUUCCUCUAGACCCGAAGUUGCCGCAGAGGCGAGUCCAAGCGAUCACAGAUCAAGCCAAGGCUACUAUCGCCCUAGCUGAUAAGGCCACGAGCUUAUUGAUGACCGCUUCAGUGGGCACAGUCCUGCAUCUGUCCGAUGGCAUGCUGAAUUGGUUGCCUACUUACGAAGCUAUCAAGCCUUUGACAACGAAUGUCGAGCCAAAGAACACAGCUUACACAAUCUUCACCUCAGGUAGUACUGGUAUACCCAAGGGUGUUGUUAUCGAACACACGACCUUAUCUUCGAGUGCACUGGCCCACUCCCAGUCAAUGAACAUCCGGGCGGACUCGAGAGUCUUCCACUUCUCAUCUUUAGCAUUUGAUGCUAGCAUAGCAGAGAUCCUGACUACCCUUUCACAAGGAGGGUGCCUUUGUAUCCCUUCAGAAGCAGACCGACUCGGUAAUACGACUGAGGUCAUGAACGAGAUGCGCAUCAACUGGGCUUUCUUUACACCCUCUAUGGCAACAACAUUCGGUCCAAAGGAUCUGCCAUACUUACGAACCUUGGUCUUAGGAGGUGAGGCGAUGACGAUAAAGAAUGUCGAGGACUGGACAGCAGAGGGUAGCGAAGUCUCUCUUCACAACGGAUAUGGACCUACAGAGACCUGUGUGUUUUGCGUGUCAACUUCUAUCAGCGACCCCAGUCAGGGGCCAUUCCUAGGCCGCGCCAUUGGCAGUUUGGCUUGGAUCGCCGACAUCGACGCACCAGGAGUCCUGGCUCCAGUAGGAGCUAUCGGAGAGCUCCUCGUUCAAGGUCCUAUUGUAGGCCGCGAGUAUUUGGCCGACAGCGAGAUGACUUCCCGAUCCUUCCUGCCACCAAGCUCCGUGCCUUUUAUUGGCCAGGCUGUUAGCCAUGAUAAGGUCUACAGAACAGGCGACCUUGUCAGAUAUCGCGACGAUGGCUCCAUUGUCUAUGCUGGCCGGAAAGGAAGUCAAGUGAAGCUCCGCGGGCAGCGUAUCGAACUUGAAGAGGUGACGCACCAGAUCGAAUCGCUUUGGCCCGAGGCAACCCGAGCUAUCGCCGAUGUUGUGACGCCUUCCGAUCGCCCCGACAGCCAGAUGCUCAUUGCUUUUAUUGACGUGGGCAGCGGCGAUAACAACCCAGAUGAUGGAGUGAGUUCCGAGUGCGACUGGCUAGCCACCGCGGCGCCGGCCUUCCUGGAGCGAGUCACGCGAUUGCGCACACAAUUACUGGCUGUCGUGCCGCCAUACAUGAUCCCCCAGGCCUUCAUUCCCAUCAAUCGAGUGCCUCUGUCCGUCAACGGAAAAACGGAGCGAGGCAAGAUGCGCGACUGGGCUACCGGCCGAGGUGCAGAGGCGCUUGCGGAAUACGGACAAACCACGCGCACCGUGGGUAGGAAGCCGAAUAAGGAGGCUGAGAUCCGGCUUCAGGCGCUGUGGGAGGAGGUGCUACAGCUUCCUGCCGACUCUGUCAGCGCAGAAGACAACUUUUUCCACCUGGGUGCCGACUCGAUCCGAGUGAUGACCCUCGUAUCUGCGGCCCGGCGGGCAGGCCUAUCGGCAAAGGUACAGGAUGUCAUGAAGCAUCCUGUGCUGGAGACAAUGGCGGAUGUAUUUGUUCCUGUGGACUACCCAGACAUGGGGGUGGAGGAGGAAGGUGAAGAUGAGGUCAAACAGUUCGAACUCCUUGGCGAGGGAGGACUUUCAGACUUUUUGAUGGGAGAUGAAGAGUGGGCGAGCCUUGGGGGUGUUCCAGAGGGCAAUGAAGAUGGUUCUUUUCAUUUGUGA